AAAAUGCGGUUAGCUUCUUAUUUUGGGGUACGGUUUUCGUUUCUCAAACUAAAAGUUCAAAGCUUUUAUUUCUUCAGUUUCAAACUUCCUGUUUUAUUUUUCCAACCAUCUGGCAUUCUUUGGGCUCCAUACCGCCGCAGCCUUAACUCCACUCCGAACCGAACCGAGUCGGAGUUUCUCCGAUCAACUGGAUACGUGUUGGGUUGUGACCGGUUGGUAUCGGUACCGGACCGGUUGGGUUUUUACUCCUAACUGGUCGGUUCCGCUCAGAAAUGCUGAUAGCGCAAACUUAGACGGAUGUUUUCAUCAGUUGUUCCCGUCAGCAGCCGAACCUUAUCGGAACCUCCUCAAUCAGAAGCAGGUAGGAAGGCUUCUCUCUAGCGUGUUUUAAUCCGGUUCCUUUCAGUAAGCUGCUCGGGUCCAACCGUUACCGAACCGAACCUUUGGUCUGUUGGGUCCAAACACCAACGACUGGAGCGGCACGUGACGCCAUGGAAGCUCCUUCUGUUUGAUCUUUAAGUGGUUCUGAUCCGGACGUUUCCUCAGAACCCAGCAGUAGAAGUUCUAGUUCCCCUCCGGAACCAGAGCGUUACCCAACGUGCGUGAAAGCAGAAGUGGUUCUGAUUGUCCAACAUCUGAGGAAAUCUGUCCAGCAGCUGAGACAGCUAGGUCUCGGAGCCUGGAGGUUCAGGUUUGUUCUGAAGCUGACCCGGGUCUGUCCUCCUCAGCGGGUCUUGUCCUGCAGCCAUGGCUCGGUACCUGAGACACUUCACCACCGUGGGAGACAAGCAUGUGUCUCACUGGGUGGACGAGGAGCAUGAGGAUUUGGUGGACCGGGGUCCGGCCAUGGAUCAGAACCUACCCCCCCUCAGCUUCAGGGACCAGCUGAAGAGACUCUACGGCUCCGAACGGUUCCAGGUGCUGGUGGUCUGUUUGGUGAUCCUGGAUGCUUUCUUCGUCCUGGCUGAGCUGCUGAUAGAUCUUUCUGUCGUUAAACUAGAGCACGGCCAUGUUGCUCCUCAGGUGUUCCACUACCUGAGCCUGGCCCUUCUCACCUUCUUCAUGGUGGAGCUGGCUGGGAAGAUAUUUGCAUUCCGUUUGGAGUUCAUCCAUCACAAGUUUGAGGUGUUUGAUGGUCUGGUGGUGGUGGUGUCCUUUGUGCUGGACAUAGUCUUCAUCUUCCAUGAGGAUGCCUUUAGUGGGUUUAAUCUCCUCAUCCUGUUGCGGCUCUGGAGAGUGGCUCGGAUCAUCAACGGUAUCCUGGUGUCGGUGAAGACCCGUGCAGACCACAAGGUCCACAAGCUGAAGGAGAGCUACGACCAUCUGGUGGAGAGAGCCACGGAGCUGCAGAGGCAAAACGAUGAACUGAUGUGGAGCGUGGAUACAGUGGAGGGAUUGUUUCUUGGCGAUUCUCCUGGAGGACCUGACCCAAGUGGCUGCUGCCCUCAUGACCCGACUCAGUGGAUCAAGCAGAAGAUACAUAAAGGAAAUGAAGUCAUUCAUUUCUGAUGGAUGAAUGAAGACAUACCCCUCAGCUCCUAGCAACAAUCUGCACAAAUCUCCUGAUGUGUGUGAACUGUUUGGAGGCGGAGGCAGACUGCAUGGUUUCCACUGGGUGAGUACACUACUGAGAACGUCAACAUUACACAGCAGGAUGUAGCCAGCGUGGUGCUGAGAGAGUGCUGCAUAUAGGUGUGUCCUGUCCUUCAGGGCCCACACCACCUUGUUUCAGUAAAACGUCUGACGCACGGUGAAACGCAUCCAUUGGCAUGCCAAGCCUGUAGGUGGCAGUAGUUCCCAAAACCGUCAGCGUCUUUGCCGUAAAGGCCAUAAAACAUUCUUUGGCAGGCAACAACUUUGUUGAAUGUCGUCUUUUGUCUGAACGUGGCCCGUUUAUACUUAGGUCAGUUCCACCUGAGCUAGGAUGUCUUUACACCGCCUUCUCGAGAACGCAAAAGUGGGUGGGGCUAAAGGGGCACAGAGCCGUGGUGUCCUUCCUAAGCGCUGCAAGUUAAUGAACAAAAAAAGGCGAGAGUUGUUGCUUUUGGUGUCUCUGACAUGAAGCACACAGCUUCCUGUCCUUUCCACUGGGCAGCAUGCUGCCUGGGCUCCUCUCACGUCCAACAGAACUCACAGCAGACGGUCAGUCGGGUCCGAGCUGCAGCCAGAGAAGAUGUUUAUCCCACUGCUUCCAGCUGCUAGUGAAUCAUGUAUGCGGGAAGCUGCCGCUGGCUGAUUCUGCCCACCUAUCAGAGGCUCCCACUAGUAGGUAGGCGUGAACUUCAGCGGCUCUGCAUGAACAACGCACAGAUAGCGCUAAUAUAAACACGACGACCCCGCCAGGGCUAGACCGAGCUGACCCGUGUGGAAAUGCGAUACGACAUAGAGAAGUAGAUGAGUGUAAACACAAGCCGCACAUGUGACGUCAGAGUGUUUUUGUUGUGGGCAGUGACAUGGCGAAACCUAAAACCCGGUUAUUUAUGUCCACAGCAAACGCUGAGAACGUACAUUCAGCAAAUCUCCACUUUGGUCGGCGUUUUUGAAAGAACUGCUUUUGGCUUUGAUGAUCUUAACUUUUAUGUUGAUGACUGGCCAAAACGCUGAAAACUACCUUUGUUUUGUUGGGGUACCCGGCUACUAGGGGUGUCAGUCUUACAACUCAUGAUUCAAUUUGAUUCCGAUUCACAGGGCGACAAUUCGAAUCGGAAUCGAUUCUCUAUCCAAAUCAAGUCACAAACAAUACACUGAGUCACACUGAGUGUCAGUUCCAGGAUUUACUACUUUCUUCUGUAGUUAGUGAGCCCUGAAUGUGAUUGAGGAGCGGGUUGCUCUGGAAAUCCACCCUAACCCGGACCCUGACAAACACCAGGAAAUAUUUGGAGUCUCAAGUAACAAAACUUGGAAAUCUUGGACUGAUUCAGAAUCUUUAUAAAUAAGAAUCUUUAUUCGGACAUUCAACAAUGUUUCCGGCACCUCUACCGGCUACGCGUGACCGGGGUCUGAGAGACAGCUUUAUCCAUCUUCCACCUCUGACCCCUGCCCAGUACACCUUGGACAACAACUAGAAAGUUCAAAUGGAAGAAUCUACUGCUUAUAUUAUCCGUUUAGUUCACACUCACUUCAACACUCGUUAAUAUCCGGAGGACUUGGGUCCACAUGCGUCUCCUUGAUAUUUAGUCUUAGGAUUUCUUUUAUCCAUGUUGCUGUUUGCACAACACCACCAGGUAUUUUGUCCCUUUUUCACAGCCUUUUUAUUCUCAUACCUUUUACAUUUUUACAUAUAAUGCUGUUUGCAGCAACGACAUAAAGAAAACAUUUCAACUCUGAGUAUGCCUUGUACUUGUUGCAGUCUUACUGAAGUGAAAUGGACUGAAUGGACUGACAGAAACAUGAAGACUUACAG